AUGGCAGCGAUUGCUUGUCAGAAGCUUCUGGAAUUGAGCACCAAGAUCGUCGCUGUUGGCAGAAACUACGCUGCCCACGCCAAAGAGCUAGGCAACGCCGUUCCCAAGGAGCCGGUGUUGUUUCUGAAACCGACGUCGUCUUACUUGAAAAAUGGCGGAACCAUCCAAAUUCCACAUAACGAGGGCUCUCUGCACCAUGAGGUCGAGCUCGCCGUGGUCAUCGCCAAGAAAGCGCGUGACGUGUCGGAAUCCUCUGCCAUGGAUUACGUCGCCGGUUAUGCACUUGCUCUGGAUAUGACUGCUAGGGACCUUCAAGCUGCUGCAAAGUCUGCAGGUCUUCCAUGGAGUUUGGCAAAAGGCCAGGACACUUUCACCCCAAUUAGUUCAAUUUUGCCAAAGAGUGCCGUGCCAAACCCUGACGAUAUAGAAUUAUGGUUAAAGGUAGAUGAGGAAAUUCGGCAGAAGGGCUCAACCAAGGACAUGAUCUUUAAGAUCCCAUUUCUAAUUAGCUAUAUAAGCUCAGUCAUGACAUUGUUUGAAGGAGAUGUUAUACUAACUGGCACUCCCCCGGGCGUUGGACCUGUGAAAGAGGGGCAAACAAUUACUGCUGGUAUUACAGGCCUUGUGGACGUACAGUUCAAUAUUGAGAAAAGAGCAAGGCCUAUACAUUCUUGA